AUGUCGCUCAACGUCAACCUAUCGUCGCCCGCCAUCCGCGACGCCUACGAAAAGGUCCUUGACGGCGCAAAAGACUACCUCGUCCUCACCUACGAGAAGCAGUCCAACGACCUCCGCGUCCAGGUCGUCGAAAAGGGCGACCUCGACGACCUCCGCGAGGAAUUCUCCGACGGCCGCAUCCAGUACGCCUUUGUCCGCGUAAAGGACCCCAACACCCAGCUCCCCAAGUUCGCCCUCGUCAACUGGUGUGGCGAGGGCGUGCCCGAAUCCCGCAAGGGCCUCUUUGCCUCCCACAGCGCCGCCGUCGCCGCGUUUCUCAAGGCCUACCACGUCAGCAUCAAUGCCCGCUCCGAGGCCGACGCCGACCCCACCCUCAUCAUGAGGAGGAUCGCAGAGAGCAGCGGCGCAAACUACUCGGCCGCAGGACAGGCCGCCAACACCCAGCGCGGCGGUCCCAUCACCCCCGUCGGAUCCUCCUACAAGCCCAUCGGCACGCCCGACAUCAAGGGGAUGCAGAAGACGGCGCCGCGAGACCAGAUUGCUCCCGUCGGUACCAACUACGCCUCCAAGAGGGACGAGCUUCAGCAGAUCCGAUCCGGCAACGUCGCCAGCCCUUCGCUGCCAUCAGCGCCGAGGGUCAGCGCCCCUGCCCCCACCCCAGCCCCUGCUCCGGCUCCUCCGAAGCCCGCCGCUCCUGCAUCGGUGCCUUCCGUCCCUCCGGCGCCUCGACCCGAGCCCGCGGCGGCCCCGCCGAAACCUGCAGAGGACGACCGGAUCGGACCCGUCGGCACGGCCUACACCCCCGUCAGUCUCGGCAAGCCCGGAAAGCUGUCUGCGAGCCGCUUCGCCUUUGGUCAGCAGCAGCAGCCGGAAGAGUCGCGGCCCGCUCCCGCCCCGCGCUCCGUCUCUGGAGCGGGCGCCGGCAAGCUCACCUGGAGCCAGCGUCAGGAAGCGGCCAAGAAGGAGAGGGAGGAGGAGGAGGCCAGGGUCAAGGCGCUCUCGUCCGGCAUCGCAAAGGGUCCCAGCUUUGGCGCCGCCAGCGCAUCCUCGGCCCCAGCUCCUGCGGCUAGGAGUGUCCCCGCCGCGCCUGCUGCGCCUGCUGCUCCGGCCGCUCCCCCUGCUCCCGAGGCUCCAUCUGCCCCACCUGCGCCGCCUGCACCUGCGCAGGAAGAGGAAGAGGAAGCACCACCCGCGCCUCCCGCUCCUCCCGCUCCUGCUGCAGAGGAGCAAGAGGAGCCAGCAGUCGAAGCCGCCACUGCUCAGCUCUCUUCGACCCACAUCGGUGGCGGCGCCGGUCAGGGCUUGCGAGGUCGUGUUGUGUGGGCGUACGAGGCCGCCGAGGACAACGAGAUUUCGCUUGCGGAGGGUGCUACGAUCACUAACAUCGAGCAGAUCGACGAGGGCUGGUGGUCUGGCGUCGACGGCGAGGGCAAGGAAGGCCUCUUCCCGGCAUCGUACGUCGAGCUGAUCGAAGAGGACGCCGCCGAGGACGACUAUCGAGGAGCCAGAGGAACUGCCGACCAGGACGAGGGCGUGGUCUGCACCGCGCUCUACGAUUUCGAGGCGAGCGAGGACAAUGAGCUCAGCUUCGCAGAGGGCGACCGUAUCGUCCAGGUCGAUGACCAGAUCAGCGAGGACUGGUGGAGCGGCACCAACGCCAGGACUGGCUCGCAGGGCCUCUUCCCUGCCAACUAUGUCGAGAGGGCCUGA